AGUCGGGCAAGACACGUGCGAUGCACAUGACAGGUAGAGCGAAACUCAUCGUCCGCAAAAAUCUUGGAUUUAGGUACCCGAUUUUAUCGCCGUUGUCUUUCAAUUCCUCGGAUCGCCGUCUGCCGAUUUUUUCCCGCUGCCACCAUCUCCCACCAGCCAAUCACCGUGAAGAUCUCUUUACUUCAAGUUCUUCAGAUCUAAGGUGACAUAAAUUUGAUUGAAUCGCUAUUUAUUCAAAGUAAUGGUUCGGGGGAGAGAUGCUUGUUGGGAACACUGUGUCCUCAUUGAUGCAGCUAAACAGAAGGUUAGAUGUAAUUAUUGUCAUCGAGAGUUCAGUGGAGGUGUUUAUAGGAUAAAAUUUCAUUUAGCUCAGAUCAGAAACAAGGAUAUAGUUCCAUGCUCUGAAGUUCCAGCUGAUGUGCGGGACCAUGUACAAGUUAUAUUAAGCAAUCCCAAGAGGCAGAGAACUCCUAAAAGACAGAAGGUGGAGCAGGUGGAAAAUGGACAUCAAAAUAGCUCUUCUGCGAGUGGUGGCGCCCUUCCCAAUCAUGGAUCUAGCGAACAGAAUGGCAGCGCUUGUCCAUCUUUGUUAUUUCCACAUUCUUCUCCAAGUGCUCCACCCGAACCAGAAUUAGAGGAUGCUCUAAAGCAAAAACAGGAUGACGCAGAUAAAAAAGUGGCUGCAUUUUUCUUCUAUAAUUCAAUCCCUUUUAAUGCUGCUAAAUCUACGUAUUAUCGGGAUAUGGUGGACGCUAUUGCUGAAUGUGGAGUCAGUUUUAAAGCACCAACUUUUGAAAAGUUGAGAUGUAACCUCUUGGAUAAAGUUAAAGGUGAUAUUCAUGAUCUGUACCAAAAAAUAAGAAAUGAAUGGAAGGAGACAGGUUGCACAAUCUUGUGCAAUUGCUGGUCUGAUGGUAGGACCAAAUCACUUGCAGCUUUUUCCGUUACAUGCCCUAAAGGAACGUUGUUUCUGAGGUCCAUUGAUGUCUCUGGCCAUGUUGAUGAUGCUCAUUAUUUAUUUGGGUUGCUAGAGUCCGCUGUCUUAGAAGUUGGUAUUGAAAAUGUUGUUCAAGUAAUGACAGAAAGUGAUUCUAGUUAUGCUUAUGCAGGAAAGCUUCUUAUGGACAAGUAUCCUUCAUUAUUCUGGUCGCCAUGUGCUUCAUAUUGCAUUACUAAGAUUUUGGAGGAUUUCAGUAAACUAGAAUGGUUUAGCAUGGUCUUGGAAGAGGCAAAUACUAUCACAAAAUUCUUGUACCGUAAUGAAUGGAUUCUUAAUAUGACGCGAAAGUUUACUGGUGGAAUGGAGUUGAUUAGACCUAAAAUUUCAAGGUAUUUAACUAAUUUUCUCUCCUUAAGAUCCCUCGUAAUACAAGAGGACAAUUUGAAGCACAUGUUCACCCAUGCCGAGUGGUUGUCAUCCAAUUUUAGUAGACGCCCUGAUGGCCAACUCAUCAAGUCAAUGUUGUUUGCAGAACGAUUCUGGAACUCUGCACGUGAAGCCGUUAGCAUAUCUGAACCACUAGUCAAAAUCCUCAGGAUAGUUGAUGGAGACAUGCCUGCUAUAGGCUAUGUGUACGAAGGCCUGGAGAGGGCAAAACUAACAAUCAAGACAUAUUAUAAAGGCAUUUCAGAGAAGUAUGUGCCUAUGUGGGAUAUAAUUGAUAGCAGAUGGAACAUACAGCUUCAUUCCCCUUUACAUGCAGCUGCAGCGUUUCUUAAUCCUUCGAUUUUCUAUAGCCUCAGCUUUAAGGUUGAUUCGAGAAUGCGGAAUGGUUUUCAAGAAGCUAUGAUGAAAAUGGCAAUUGAUGAUAAAGAUAGAAUAGAAAUAACUAAAGAACAUCCGGUGUACAUAAAUGCUCAUGGUGCUCUGGGGACUGAAUUUGCGGUGAAGGGGAGAACAUUAAAUGCCCCAGGUGACUGGUGGGCAGCAUAUGGGUAUGAAAUCCCAACAUUGCAGAGAUCUGCAGUACGGAUACUAAGCCAACCUUGUAGUUCUCACUGGUGUAGAUGGAAUUGGAGCACUUUUGAAUUCAUUCAUAGUAAGAGACGCAGCAGAGCAGAGCUUGAUAAACUAAAUGAUCUGGUGUUUGUCCAUUGCAAUCUCUGGUUACAAGCAAUUGUCAAGACUAGAAAUAUGCAAUAUAAGUCAAUCAAUUUUGAUCAAAUAGAUGUGAUUUCAGAAUGGCCCACUGAAUCUGAGACUUCAUCCCCUCUCUUGGAUGAUUCGUGGCUGGACAAUCUACCUUCCGAGUGCGGCCCUAGCUAUUGAGUUUGUACACUUAAAAGAGAUGAUAUGCUGCCAUAGGAAAUACCUUACAGUAAGUUAAAAUUACGUUACCAAUUUAGACUUGUAACAUUUUCCAAUCAAUAACGUUGAUAUUUCUCAAUACAAGGCUUUGAAUCCCAUGUUGUGGGAAAUGGAGGAUCCCUACUCGCAAAGGAUCCAGUCCCUGUUCCAAAUUAUCUGCGCUUUAUGACUCAGUGUUGCAUGAUUCUUUAAA